AUGGAUCCUUCCAACCCACCGCAGCUGCGCUCUGCAGAAAAAGUCAAACUCAACACACCCUCCCAAAUACCCUUUCCCGUAAUACCAAUCUCCACCCUAAAACUCAAGGAAGCAGCUCAGGUUCCUCUUCCCGAAUCACCUAUUCCAGUAGCCUCUAUGAAUAAGCUCCAGAUCGCACAUCACGCUUCUCUUCCCGAGACACCUCUAGGCUCAUCAGUUGUCAAGCAUCUCGUAUUAAAUGCAGCUGAUGUUCCUCUUCCAGAGAUAUCUCCACUCAAACUCGAAGAUGCGUCUAGAGUUCCACUUCCGGAGACACCGCAACCUUCUACCGUACCCAAUAACCACAAACAAACCAUUCAAACCCCUCUCCCAUCCACCCCUCCCAUCCCCAAAUCCACCAAAUUUACCGACCGAGUAAUGGAAGCCACCGAAAACACCCUCAAAUGCACACUUGACAAAUUCUCCGAAUCCAAAGCCGUGCAACUCAGAGAGAUCGUCGAAAAGGAAUUCUUAUAUCCGCUUAUGCGUAGUGGCAAAGUAAGCACAUUACAAGCAGUUGGCUUUAACAAAAUCGAUCAUAGUUUGAAGUGGAUGGCUUUUAAUGAAUAUGUUCAUAAAAAAGCUUCUAUGGAUGAACUUCGAGGUUUCGUUAUCGAGCUGGGUAAUAGUGAUGAGGUGCUUAGGAAGGAGAUGCAGGAGUAUUUGAGCGUGUGCGCUUUGAUUGCUAAAUAUACUGAAAAUUAG